ACCGUGGUGUCACCAGACUGUCCAUCAACUGAACACUCAGCUGGCCCUCCUUUUUGACAACAACGACUCUGUCGACAAUGUUCACACCUUGACUAUCGGCCCCAACGUUGCCAUAACUUACUAUUAGUCUGUUGCCUUUGUAUUAUCUGAAGUUUUACAUCAUGGAGCCGGCUGCGCCCAAAAGCAAGCUGAAAAAGUUGAGUGAGGACAGCUUGACUAAACAGCCAGAGGAAGUGUUUGAUGUUCUAGAGAAACUCGGUGAAGGUUCCUAUGGCAGCGUGUUCAAAGCCAUCCAUAAGGAGUCAGGCCAGGUGGUGGCAAUCAAGCAGGUUCCUGUGGAGUCUGAUCUGCAGGAGAUCAUCAAGGAGAUUUCCAUCAUGCAGCAGUGUGACAGCCCAUAUGUAGUGAAAUACUAUGGCAGCUACUUCAAGAACACUGACCUGUGGAUUGUCAUGGAGUACUGUGGAGCUGGCUCUGUGUCUGACAUCAUCAGACUGCGCAACAAGACGUUGACAGAGGAUGAGAUCGCCACUAUUCUUAAGUCUACGCUGAAGGGUCUUGAAUACCUCCACUUCAUGAGGAAGAUCCAUCGGGACAUCAAGGCAGGAAACAUCCUCCUCAACACCGAGGGACACGCCAAACUGGCUGACUUUGGAGUCGCUGGACAGCUAACGGACACUAUGGCAAAGAGAAACACUGUGAUCGGCACCCCCUUCUGGAUGGCCCCAGAGGUGAUCCAGGAGAUUGGCUACAACUGUGUCGCUGACAUCUGGUCCCUGGGCAUCACGUCCAUAGAGAUGGCAGAGGGCAAACCUCCCUACGCUGACAUCCAUCCCAUGAGAGCGAUCUUCAUGAUACCCACCAACCCCCCUCCAACAUUCAGGAAGCCGGAGCUCUGGUCAGACGACUUCACAGACUUUGUGAAAAAGUGUCUGGUCAAGAAUCCAGAGCAGAGGGCAACCGCCACGCAGCUCCUACAGCACCCAUUUGUCAGCCAAGCCAAGCCGGUCACAAUCCUGAGAGAUCUGAUCACUGAGGCCAUGGAGAUGAAAGCCAAGAGGCAGCAGGAGCAGCAGAGAGAGCUGGAGGAGGAGGACGACAACUCUGAGGAGGAGACGGAGGUGGACUCUCACACUAUGGUGAAGUCAGGCUCAGAGGGUGCAGGAACCAUGCGGGCCACCAGCACCAUGAGUGACGGGGCACAGACCAUGAUUGAACACGGCAGCACCAUGCUAGAGUCAGACCUGGGCACCAUGGUCAUCAACAGUGAUGAUGAUGAAGAUGAUGAGGAAGACCAGGGAUCCAUGAGGAGACACGCCACCUCUCAGCAGCCAAUACGUCCGUCCUUCAUGGACUAUUUUGACAAGCAGGACUCCAACAAGGCAGCCCAGCAGCAGGAGAACUACAACCACAACCAGCCGCAGGAGCAACCCGGCUACCACAUCCAGUCCAAGAACGUCUUCCCAGACAACUGGAAGGUGCCCCAAGAUGGAGAUUUUGACUUUCAGCUGAAGAACCUGGACUUUGAGGAGCUGCAGCUGCGUCUGACUGCCUUGGAUCCCAUGAUGGAGCGUGAGAUUGAAGAGCUAAGGCAGCGCUACACCGCCAAAAGGCAGCCCAUCCUGGAUGCCAUGGAUGCAAAGAAGAGACGACAACAGAACUUCUGAGUGCCUCUCGCGCUAGUUUUGGCUCCCCAAAGCCACCAUCACCACAAAACUUACAUCCCAUUGACUCAGAGGAACUAAGAUGACCGUAUUGUCUUUGUUGGAAGCCCACUGCUGUUCUGAUUGCCUGCUAGCUGGCCUUUAAAGGAAGUUGGAUGCCUCUUUUACAUCCAUUUUGGCUCCUGGAAUCUACUCGUCUGCCUUGUUUCUACACUUCGUCUAGUGGUGUAGUCUUAUAUCUGUUUCUACAGCGCCUGUAAAGUUGCUUUCCCAUGAAUGAUACUCAGGACUGUGGCCAAAGAGAACUGAGGCUUGGCUUUCAUACAUCUGAAAGUCACAACAUGACUUCCCCCUUUUCCACAGGAAAUGCUUGGGGAACUCCAGCGACACAUAAGGAAGCCUAUCCUCUGGCAGUAGCAGCAGCAUAAUCACAGUGGUCAACGUCUUUUUUCCUCAGACAUUUCACUUUUAGUGUAAAUAUAAUAUAGAGCCUAGUUUGGAAAUACCUGUAACAAAAAGCUGUGGAGGCUUGUCCAUGACCAAAGACAAUCAAGAUGAUGUUGAUAGUUGAGAAUGCCUUAAAAUAAUUUAAACCUGAUCAGGUGGUUAAAUCCAUUUCCUCACUUGGAGAUGAGUCAGAAGUGGAAUGUGGAAAGCUGUGAGGACGGAGAGAAGUGACGGAAAUCAUGUCGGUGGUGAAGAACGAAUCAUGCAUGUUUUUUAUGGUGGAUCAGACUAUUUGAAUUUCUUAAUUAUCAUUUAUUUAAUUAUGAUGUUUUUGGGCUUUUAAACAUCCAGUGCACAUAUUGAGUCCAAGCAUCUUGGUUUCUCAUAACCCACCCGUACCACUUUCCCCAUGGUCUUCAUGAAUUUAAAGUCGGAGCUUUUACUUAUCGAGAUGAUUUACUCAAAUUCAAAACCGGUGAAAGGCACCAAAAUUAAUUCUAAAGUUUAAAAAGAAUAGACAAGUGAAUCCAUUCCAACUUACUGCAUGACCGUUUCUUUCGUUUUAUGUUGCUUGCGUCUUUAAAAAGCUCUGCAGAUUUUUUCCAAGGUUGAAAUAAUUAUGAUGUUUUCUGUAGAUGUUCCGCACUAUGAUUGAUUUACUUCAGAUUCUAAUAUAACUUUUCAAAAAUAUUUUGACUGUGGAGCCAUCUCAUAUUCAAAGCGUCAGUGAAGAGAAACAAGUAGCCGAUAAACUGUUUUAUGGUUGUAUUCAAAGAAAGAAACUCACCAAGUUGAGAUAAGAGACUCAAGUGUCUGACUGAGACUGGACAUUUUAGAAAAACAGAAGCUGCAGACAUUUUUUACAAUUACUUAAAGAUUUUCUCUGCCGCUUAUAUAAGUGUUUGGUUGAGAAUGUGCUUUUUCUGGCAUUUAGGUGGGAUUAUUAAUGAAGGAAUGAAGAUAUUGUUACUGUUCAUGCCGUUGGUUUUUUGACACGGGUUUAACACAAAACUGUUAAUUUCAGUGAUCGACUGUCUUUACUUACUUACUUCAAACUGGUUGUUUAUGUCGUGCUUAUACUUAAAAAAACAGAUAUAGGCGGCUAUCUGAUUCUUCACUCACAUAUGUCAGUUAGACUUUAUUUCACAAUUUUUAAUGUUUAAUGGAAACUCUUACUACUCUUAUUGAGGGAAACAACCGGCUGGAUGUAGUUUAUUUUUGACAUGUAUAUUAUGUUACAAUGAGUUUACACUUUAAGACACAUGAAUCCAUUCUUUUUUUUUUUGUAAACCCCUUCUUUCACAGAAAUCAUUAACUUUCUCAUAAAUUAAGUCUGCAGUUCAUUUGCAACUCGCACACAAGCGUUCACAAUUUAUUUAUUAAAUGUGUUUAGAAUUCAUUUUCAUUUUGUGACACUGGUUUAAAUAUGGUAGCUGGUUUGGCUGUUAUUAUUUAUGCCCUUUGUCAAAUAUGUGACUUGAUUUCUGAGUUUCAGACUAUGCAUGUUUUAGUUUUGUAGGUGAGUUAUUAUGGAAGCUUUAACAAACUAUUUGCUCUGUGCAAUAACAACAACAAAAAACAUCUGAAAUAUGACAUUGCAGAGAAUUGGCCAUAAUAUGUGUAGUUAUCUGAAAUCACGGUUUGAUAUAUAUAUAGCUAUAUGAUUUUGUUUUCAUUUAUUUCUCUGUUAUUUCUGCAAUAUAAUGACUUGAGAGGGAAGAGUGGAACGUAAGCAUUUAUGUUUGAACCACCUAAUUUAUUAUCUUUUGUUUGUAAUACUUUAUUUUGAACAGGUGCAAGACAUAAUAAAAGUUACUUAUAGUUAACCAUA